AUGAACGCCCUCGACCUCUUCGCAGACGACACUCUCGUCACCGCCGCAGCAGCCUACGUUAGAGACUACAUGUCCAACUACGACGCCUCGCACGACUGGUCGCACAUCCUCCGCGUCCUCGCCCUCGCCCACAAGAUCUACAACGACCCCACCACCGCAGCCAGCAACCCGGCCCUCUCCCUCCGCAAAAUCACCCUCGCCGCCCUCCUCCACGACGUCGGCGACAAGAAGUACCUCCAGCCAGGCCAGGACCACACGCGCCUCGUCCACGACGUCCUCCUCGAGCGCGGCGCCCCCGAAGCCCUGGCCGCCGAGAUCCAGACCAUCUGCCUCGGUGUCAGCUACUCCUCCGAGGUCAAGGACCAGACCGCCGUUGUCGCCCUGCUCGCGCGCGUCCCCGAGCCUCGCCGUCGUGCAGGACGCCGACCCGGCUUCGAUGCCAUCCGGCGCCGUCGGCGUGGGUCGCUGCUUCACCUUGGCGGCGCCAAGGGCGGGGGCCGGGGACUCCAGGGGGCGAUAGACCACUUUGAGGAGAAGUUGCUGCGGAUCGAGGGCAUGAUGAAGACGGAGGCUGGCAGGCGCCUGGCGGCCGAGCGGACGGAGAGGCUGAGGGUUUUUGAGCAGUGGUGGAGGGACGAGACGGCGUAG